CUCAUUACCAUGGUGAUCGCCCAGCGCGUGCGCAGUGUCCUGGAAGCUUCUGCAGCUCCCCCGAGACGCUCUGGUUGCUACAGUGACCUCUCGGUGGAACCGCGCGUGGACUCUUUCCGCUGUGAGCUCCGCCCAGAGCCCGUCCCUGACGCCAGAGAUUCGUCAGACGCCCUCGGGUCCAGCGUGGUGCUGGUUGCUAUGGUGAUCGCGGCCACCGGCCCCGCCAGACCAGGUCGCGCAGCUCCUGGAGCCUUUGCAACCCCCGCGGGACACUCUGGAAGGAUGAGGUCUUCGCUGACGUCUUUGGGGCCGCCUGUGAGCCGGGACCGCGUCAUCACCAGCUUCCCUAAGUGGUACACCCCUGACGCCUGCCUGCAGCUCAAGGAGCACUUCCAUGGGCAGGUCAGCACCACCUGCCAGCGCAGGAACACAGGGACUGUGGGGCUCCGACUCUCCAAGGUGGUUGUCGUUGGCGAUCUCUACGUGGGCAAGACCAGCCUCAUCCACAGGUUUUGCAAGAAUGUCUUUGACCGUGACUACAAGGCCACCAUCGGGGUGGACUUUGAAAUCGAGCGCUUCGAGAUCGCUGGGAUUCCCUACAGCCUGCAGAUCUGGGACACCGCAGGGCAGGAGAAGUUCAAGUGCAUCGCAUCUGCCUACUACCGGGGUGCCCAGGUGAUCAUCACAGCCUUCGACCUCACUGACGUGCAGACUCUGGAGCACACCAGGCAAUGGCUGGAGGAUGCACUCAGGGAGAACGAGCCGGGCUCCUGCUUCGUGUUCCUCGUUGGAACGAAGAAGGACCUUCUGUCAGGGGCUGCAUGUAAGCAGGCAGAGGUGGAGGCUGUGCGCCUGGCCAACGAGAUGCAGGCCGAGUACUGGUCGGUGUCAGCGAAGACAGGAAAGGGCCUGGAGAACAAGAAACUCUGCGUGCCUGCCUCUCAGGACCUUUGUGGUGGCCUCCUUGACUCUUUGGAGGACAUCGGAGGCCCUCCGGAGUCUGGCAAGCUCCUCAUCGACACCCCUCCAUCCUGCACAUCCAGGACAGGCAGGCACAACCCAGGCAUGCCCUCCCUAGUGCCCACUCUCUCUCUGCCCUCAGGUUGCUCUUCUAUGGGGGCUUUAACUACCCGCACCUGCCCCUGGCUGGGUGCCCACUCCUCCCCACCCAUCCCUUCCCACAAGCAGGUGGGCACAUCUGGGCAUAUCCUGCCUGCUUCUCAUAAAUGGCGAGCAUUUUGCCAAUAGCUGUUCUGGUCAGUGCCCCAAACAGUACCCCAUACGGUGCUGGGCACACUGUGGGUGCCCACUGCAUAUUCACUGGCUGGCAGCAAUUGCUAAAUGCUGGUUGGGGAAGGACACAUCUUUUUCUGUUCAGUCUCCCUGCACCACAUUUUAGCUGUUGUUUACAGAUUAAAAAAAAAAAAAACACCUCUUUAUAUAAAUCACUGUUAAAGGAAUUAUGUACACCAGAAUUGUAAUCCAAAAUAAGACACUAUGAGGUUUUGCAUACAGUGUGAAAGUCCCCUUCCUGUCCUUGGAAGUAAGUGCUGCUAACAACUGUAAGAGUCCUUCCAGACUAUUCCUCUGCAGCACAACCAUGUUUGUUGGCUCAUUUGCUGUUUGAGCAGAAUGGUCUUUCCCCGCACAUGCUGCCCAGCCGCAGCCUGUGUUCUGACUGACGCGCAGGAGCCCUCCCUCCACACGGAACCUACUUGUUCCUUUAGCAACUGCUGGUUUUCCUUCAGGGGAUGGACCAGAGUCCAAGUGCCCUGCCCCCCCAAGUGGCACAUUAGGCUUCUGUCCAGCUUCCAGCCUUUACCAAAGGUACUGCAGAAACCGUCCUUGGAGUUGUGACUUUGUAUACUCAGGAUUCCCAAAGACAACGUGCUGGCCCUUCUGUGGAUGGGGCCCCCAGCUUGGUCCAUUAGACACAGUCAUGGCGGGGUCAGGGGGCAGGCUGCAUUAGGACCAGGUUUGUGGCACACAACAGAAAGUGUCAUGGGAUGGAGGAGCCUGGCCACAGAGAGUUGGCACUCUCCAAUGGCUCCCUUCCCCUCACCCCUCUAGGCCUUGGGAUUGGGGUGGGGGGCUGAUAAGGAGGUCCUGUUACUAGCUCCUGAGCACCCAUUCUCUACAAGUAGCCCUUUAUUAAACUCUCCCCAUGUUAGGACACCUGGGUGGCUCAGUGUUUGGUUCUGGUCACAAUCCCAAGUCCCAGGAUUGAGUCCCGCAUCGGGCUCCCUGAAUGGAGCCUGCUUCUCCCUCUGCCUGUGUCUCUGGCCCCCUCUCUCUCGCUGUGUCUCUCAUGAAUAAAUAGUUAAAAUGUAAAAAAACAAAAACAAAAAACAAAAACACACACCUCUCCCCAUGUUGUCUGCUGUGCAUGUUUAGUUGUUUCCCACUGGUUGAUACGGAGUCUUCUGUCAGAAUCGACGAGUUAGCGAAGACAUUCUCUUCAAACACCUCAAAACUGGGCUGUGGUUUCUGGUGCAGAGACCCAGGAUCACAUGCAAAUGGUUCAGAAAAGGUUUGUCCCACAGCCCUUUCUUUGUCUCUGCCAAGCAGCCUUGUCCUUGGGACACUGUGUCCCUUACAUGUCUAUCCCCGCAGCCAGGGGGUCCCAGUGCCCUGCCACCCAGGGUUGUGACCCCAAAAAUGGUUUAUUCGCAUGGACCCAACCACACCCAGCCCUCCUCAGGGUCCCCAGUAGAGCCAGGAAAUGAGCUAAUCAAUCCCUUCCUCUGUUCCCUGGGCCCCCACAAUUUCAGUCAGUCCCCUAGCCCUACAGCCACAUGACCUGCGAUGAAGAUUCCCCAGUGACCCAGAGUGGGGCGCUUGCUCCCAGUCUCCUUAAUCUUGUGCCCUGGGUCCAUAGAUUGGUGGGCAGAGGGAGGCCAAGGAUCCAUUCAACCCCCACCUCAGCUGUGGGGUGAGAUGGGAGCCACCCCCAGAUGGAUCUCAAUCUCUAGAGAGACUCAAGGUUACCCAAAAUCCAGGUAACUGGAACAGAGAUGGACAGAGGAUCACUUUCUCACCGAUGAGAUUUGGCAUACCUAGGAAGGUUUACAAGGAGUUCCAAGCCUACAGGGAGGACAUGGUGACCGAGGAGGCCCAGAGCAGGGACCACGAGAAGGCAUAGGGUGGGGGGAGUCUUCAGAAGAACCGGCACCCAAC